CGCUAGAAGGAACUAUAAGCCCAGGUUCACAGCUCACAGAACUACUAGCAGCUUGCUGUUUGAUUAUAGACGUGUUGUUGUGAAAGAUGUCUGGCCGAGGUAAAGGUGGCAAAGGGCUAGGUAAGGGAGGCGCUAAGCGCCACCGGAAGGUCUUACGGGACAACAUCCAGGGUAUUACGAAGCCCGCCAUUCGCCGUCUGGCUCGCCGUGGUGGUGUGAAGCGCAUCUCUGGCCUCAUCUAUGAGGAGACUCGGGGAGUGCUCAAAGUGUUCCUGGAGAACGUGAUCCGUGAUGCGGUGACUUACACGGAGCACGCCAAGCGCAAGACGGUCACGGCCAUGGAUGUGGUGUAUGCGCUGAAACGCCAGGGCCGCACCCUUUACGGCUUCGGCGGCUGAGGUGUGCCUGCGGCUUAUCUCCAGAUCCCAAAAGGCCCUUUUUAGGGCC